AAACACCGAAAAUCAACAAACUAUGGUAAACCGGAAACCGAUCUGUACUGUUAUUGUUUGUACUCAAUCAAUGAUUGAUGCUCAGAUAGAUGUUCCAAUGAAAAUUAUGCCUUAAUGAAGACAUGAAUACAAGUGUUGUGAAAUCUACAACAUGAGCCUAAAUCUGAUAAAACCCAUCUACAUACAGCAUUUGAUUUUACUGCUAGCAUACAGCUUUUUCUGGCAUGUAUUAUACCACAGAAAAUCUGCUCUUGCAACAGACUUUCCAGAUCAUGGAAGCUCUUUUGCAAGCUUAAACAAAUCUACAGAAACCCCAUAUGCAUUGCUUUUAUCCAACUCAGGCCCUGCUGUACUUGAUUCUACUAUUCAGUUUACAGCAAAGUUGAUCAAACUUGCUCCAAAUGCUACAGAUUAUGAAUUCUUUAUGUUUGAAUGGAUGAACAUGGCUAACAAGUUUGUCAACAAAACCUAUACUACCGGUAUAUCAACAUCUGCAUUAUCAUUGGCGUUUAAUAGCCAAUUUGUAUCAUCAGGAGACUACGCUAUGACUGUUGCAGUCUUCCCUGUUUUUCAUCUAAGGGAAAUGGUUGCUUAUAACACCAUGAAAUUUACUUUAACAGAUGAUCUUAAUGGUCAAAUAUUUAUUCAACAAAGUUUGGAAUACCAGAGAUAUCCAGAUGUAUUUGCUACAAAACAAAUGACAGUUUUGAGCUCACAAGUGCAUGAUGAAUUCAUAAACCCCCAGGAAGCUAACUUUUCUUACAUAUGGUUCAAGGAUUUUGACAUCCUAUCCCAAAAUAAAACUGUUGUGCACAGUUUUGAUGAACCAACAAGUUGCACUAUAAAAGCUGUGAUUUAUACAAAUUACAAGUUUGACAAAGGCCAAAAUAUGUUGUUGUUGCCCAAGGAUAAGCUAAAUCACAAUGUAAGCAGUACAUUUCCAUCAAAACGUGGGGAAUUCAAACAGUUUGUUGUAUUCAAAGAUUCAUUAGUCAACUGUAAUGUUCAGCAUAUUGAGCCAGCAGUUAAACUGGGGGAACCUGUUGUUCUUAAUAUUUCUUGCCUUGGAAGCGCUCCAUCAGGUAUUUGUUUCAACAUUACUGGUUUAAACACCACUGUCCCAUACCAGAGGGGUUGUCAGCCGGCUGUUUUUUAUGACACAGUCCAACACCAAAUAACGGCAAAAUUCAGCUCAACUGGGUGGUUUGAUAUCCACUUCUUUGUUUACAAUGACAUCAGCAGAACCCACAUUUUAAAGAACUUUUAUGUCUAUGAUCCAGAUACAUUGAAUGCUCCAGUUUUAGUAUUUCCAAUUGUUUUUGGAGUAUUUGGAAUCUUUGUCAUUGCAAUUGGUGCAUUAUACAUCAUGCGACUUAAAAAGAAACCACAGGUAGAGGUGGCGGAUUUUGAUUUCCAUCCAAGUCUUAGCAAUUCAAGGUCAGAUGUUAGUGUGAGAAUCUCACAAGUGAUUGACACAAUCAAGUACUGGUUUUCACGUCAUUCAGAUAAACAUAUGGACUCAUACAGCAGCCAAAAGGAAAGUCUUUUACAAUCUGAAGGGGCAAAAGUGGAUUUUUAUGAUAGCUUGUGAGUUUGUGCCUUUAUUUUUUCUUACGUUUCUUAAGUGAGGGAUUUAUCAAAUAUGUAAAAAAAAAUAUAUUGUUAAAAAAGUAUGAUUUUAUUUUUUAAAUGUAUCCAGCUAAUUGGAAAAUCAAAAAUAUAAAUCUCAAGGGGCCUUAGAGUCGCUUUGUUUUGUGAGGUUUUUAUAAUCUAUAAUUCCAUUUUUUUUUGUCUAAAUCCCCAAUUACAAUGCAUCUUGUGUUCAAUUUAAAUAAUGUAAAUACAAAAUUUUUAAAAAAUGUCAUGUCCAUAUGCUUUAAAAAUGUUUUGCCUUUGUGACUGUUUUGAAGCAAGCAUUUGGCAUUAACAAAAACAUGAGCUAAAGUAUUAAUCUUAAAAUCUACACUUUCAGUUUUGCCACAGUAUUUAUUCUUAAACUGGUGUAGAAAACUUUAAGUCUAUUAAGACAACCUUCAUUAUUAUUUUGUAAUAUUAUAUUGUUUUUUCUUGUAUAUAAUUGUUUGAGAUUCUGUAUAAUUUCAAUACAAAAUUUAUAUUAAUUAUAUUGCAAAUUUUGUCUUUCCAAGUUGCCAAGCCCACAUAAAUGUGUAUAUAUAAAAUUUAUUGUAAACAGUUGAAUUCAAAUGUUUACCCAUUGGAUUUGAUAUAUCUUUACUUGUCAGUUUGAAUCAGUCUUAAUGUACUGAUACAGAAUCUAUGACUUUGAUGUGUUGUUUUUUUAAUACUCUUUUUUUUUUUACAAAUUGAAUAUAUCUAAUGCUUCAACAUUCCAUGUUUAAUUUUUUGAAACAUAUGGCCUACUGUCAUUUUCAAAUAGAGUUAAUUCUGUAAUUGGCUUUAUUUUUUUGUAAUUGGUGUAAUCUUACAGAUAAUUACAAAUCACAAUGCUCGGUUCAAACAAAAUGUUUAAUAAGACUAUUUGAAGGGUAAAAAAUUCUUAACUGAAUUAAAUAAUUCCAUACUGGGACUGCAACCAAGCAUUUUGGCAAUACUCAUUAUUUGAUUAUAUUCCCUUUUUUUUAGAUUGUAUGCAUGGUUCUAAAGCCAUUGAAAACAUGUAUUUUUGUGCAAUAUUAUAUUUGUUAUUAAAAUUAAAAAUUACUUGGUUUUACCAAGUUUCUAGCUUAAUUUUUCUUUACUUUUGACUAUUAUUGAUAAAGAUAAUGGGUUGCAAUUUUUGUCUAAAAACCCUUGUUUUAUGGGUCGGGUCCCCUGCUUUAAACUAGAGUGAUAUUGAUGAGCAGGCAAAAGCUGCUUAAUGCAUACAUCAAAUGUUUGCAUAAACUUUGCAGUGCCUUAAUUGUAUUUUCUUUGCAUUUUAUGAUAUUUUAACAUUUCAUUUCAUUGCCUAUUAUUUCAGGCUGUAAAUAAAGUAUGCUCCAAAUUAUUUUCAAAAUAUUUUAUUUCUAUACAUAUUUCAAACAAUUAUUUACGUAACUGUAAC